AUGGCAGUAUACCAGCUCUGGUCACCACGGACCCCACUGGAUGAGAGCUUCCAAUGGCUGCGGCAUACAACACCUAAACCUUCUUCCAAGCACCCCUUCAGGGCUUCCCCCUGCUUCCCACAUACUCCUUCUGACCUUGAAGUACAGCUGUGCUUUCAAGAGGUCACUCUAGUUCUAGACACACCAUUUCUGGAGCCUGGGGUGAGUCCCAAGUUACCUUGCCAUACGUCAGAGCUCCGAACUAUGAACAAGAAAGGGCUGGUCAGGAAGCCCCAGCCUGUCCGCCUCAGUGGACUGGAUUCAGUGUUUGGCAGGGUCAUCACAGCUUAGCCACCAAAGUGGACUAGCACCCUCAGAGUUUCAGACAAGUCAGCCUUUUGUAAAAUCAUAAGCCAGGAGCACCAGUGGCCCACUGGACUGAAGGAACCUCAGAUUCAGAUGACAGUGACCAUGUGCAAACAGAUAUUGCACUCAAUCCUCCUGCUAUAUGCAACAUACAAGAAGUACACCUUUGUCUUACUGCACUCCAAGUAA